UAAUGUUGCGAUUAUUCGCAUUUCAUUUCAAAAUAUAUAUAGUUCGUGCAAGCAUCAACAUUACAUGUAAUGUAAACCUUUUUUUGUUGCAUAUAUUUUAUUCACUUCAUGGUCUCCAUGUUAUUAUUCUCUCUCUUUCUUCUCAUUAUUUCCCAUUUCUUCAAACCAUAUAAUAUUAAUCACUUUUAUAAUCUGUUUUGAAACCCUUAGAGAAAUGUGAGGCACACAAACAUGAGAGCAAUUAUAAGAUAUUGGAACCCAUUUUGUAUAUUUUAAUUCUUAUAAUAAAACAGUAGUUUAAUUUGUCUCUAUAUUAAGAAAAAUUCAGAAACCUAAAACCUGAAGAAAAAAAAUCCAGUUUUUUAGGAGACUCUUCCGUGCUUUGGAUCCCAACGGUUUUGGUGUUGAUUUUUCUUGAUCUGGGUUUUGUUACAUCUUUGACGUUAAAAGAAAAAAAAAGUAUCAACGUGAAGAUAAAAGGGAAAACCCUAAUUAAGGGUUUCUUGGGUAAGGGACAACCAUUGUUUAUCAACGAUUCAAGAAGGCAUUUUUUAAAUAAAACGAUUCCAAUAAGAUCCAUCUUUGGUCUUGAUUGAUUUGUGGUCUUCAGACUCUGUUUUUGUACGAGUUUCUUCGGAGUUUGAAUCCUAUCCUGCAGAAUUGCCGCGGUUUGAAAAUAGUCUAUGUUCAUAAAUCUCUAAUAAAAAGAAGAAAAAAAAAAAGAGAGAGAGAUUGAAGUUUUCUUGAGAUUGGGUUCUUUGCAAGGGAACAGAGAAGAUAUGAAUUGCUUUUCAUGUUUCUAUUUCCAUGAAAAUAAAAAAGUUCCGAGAGAUUCAGAAAACAGCUGCCGGAGAAAUGGUGAGUUGACCGGUAGAGACAACAACAAAACACACCCUGAGAAUCCAAAGACUGGAAAUGAGCAGAACAAGAACAAUGAUGAAAACAAAGAAGUGACAAACAACAUCGCUGCUCAAACAUUCACCUUCAGGGAGCUUGCUACUGCAACCAAGAAUUUCAGACAAGAAUGUCUGAUUGGCGAAGGCGGUUUCGGAAGGGUUUACAAGGGAAAGCUCGAAAAGACCGGCAUGGUUGUGGCAGUGAAGCAGUUAGAUAGAAAUGGGCUUCAAGGGAACAAAGAGUUCAUCGUAGAGGUGUUGAUGUUAAGUCUGUUGCAUCACAAGCAUCUUGUAAAUCUCAUUGGCUAUUGUGCUGAUGGAGAUCAGAGACUUCUCGUCUAUGAGUACAUGCCUCGUGGUUCACUCGAAGAUCAUCUCCUCGAACUAACACCGGACCAAGUACCGUUGGACUGGGACACGAGGAUUAGAAUCGCUCUAGGAGCUGCGAAGGGACUUGAAUACUUGCAUGACAAGGCAAAUCCUCCGGUGAUCUACAGAGAUCUCAAAGCAGCUAAUAUCCUUCUAGACAGUGACUUCAACGCCAAGUUAUCUGAUUUCGGUCUGGCAAAGCUAGGUCCUGUCGGGGACAAACAACAUGUGUCAUCCAGAGUUAUGGGAACUUACGGAUACUGUGCUCCAGAGUAUCAGAGAACCGGUCAGUUAACUACUAAAUCCGAUGUUUAUAGCUUUGGAGUUGUGUUGUUGGAGUUGAUAACUGGACGAAGAGUUAUUGAUACCACCAGACCCAAAGCUGAACAGAAUCUAGUGACUUGGGCACAACCGGUGUUCAAAGAACCUAGUAGAUUCCCAGAGUUAGCGGAUCCGAGUCUGGAGGGAGUGUUCCCGGAGAAAGCUCUGAAUCAGGCAGUGGCAGUGGCAGCAAUGUGUUUACAAGAAGAGGCAACGGUACGGCCACUCAUGAGCGACGUGGUAACCGCUCUCGGUUUCUUAGGAACCGCUCCAGACGGCUCUAUCUCUGUUCCACACUACGAUGAAAUUCCUCCUCAGCGGCCGGAUGAAACGUCCGGUGAGGAUCCAGCAGCGGCGGAAGAACGGGAAAGAGCCGUGGCAGAGGCAAUGGAGUGGGGAGUUGCUUCAAGAGCACAUUCCCGGAACCCAAGUGCUUCUUGAUUUUUAAUGUUUUGUUUUCUUGAUUUUUAAUUUUGGGUUUGGUUGUUUUCUUCUCUUAUUUGUUGGCUUUUCAAUUUCAGUUUCAGAAAGAUAGUGAUAGAAAAUUGUUACCUUUUCUUCUGUUCGUUAUGUUCUGUUUUAUUUGAAUCUGUAUAUUCCAGCUGAGAGUUUUCAUAGCUUCGAGAAUUCUUAUUCUUGGUUUCAAGCUUUACAAAUUUUUCGGUUUCAUUCUCGUGUUUAGUCAAAAUGGUUCAUGCCAGGAAAGAUCAUAAAGAUCAGCAACUAUAUAGCAACACGUCAACACAUCUAUUUUCAUGAGAUUCAAGAAGUAAAAUAUAUAAAUUGCCACUUUG